AUGGAGGUUUAUUCAUCCAAAGAAGYGGUUCUUCCAGAGGGGAGCGGAGCGUGGCUCGCUGUGCCCCCGCCGAGUCGAUGCCGGCAGCUCUCGGGCUCCGGCAGACCCCGCUGCCCUCUCCGCAYCGGGCUGCCGCGGCGGGACCGGGCUGUACGGCUGCCUCCAGGCGCGGAACGCCGCGCGUUUCCCCUACCUCCCGCCUCCUUCUGCAGCGAGGCUAGCUCCCCUCCCUCGCCGGGCAGACCCAGCCCCGCUACCUGCCGCCCUCGGGCCGAGCUCCGCCGCGCCGGGCCCGCCCCCCGCGCCGCUGACUCCGCCCGGCCCGGCCCGGCCCGCCCCGCCCGCCCGCAGGCACCGCCCGCCGCCCGGAGCGCGGUGCCUGGCCCGGCCCGGCCCGGGAGCGCCGCUGCCGCGCCCGCGCUGCGCUCUGCGGGCCGAGGGAGCGCGGCUGCCGGCGGCGGGGCAUGCGGGCGGCAAGGCUCUGAGCCUCCGGCCAUGGCGGAGAAAGUUUCGGCGGCUUCGGAGCGGGCGCGGGGCGCCGGCCACGUCGGCUCCUCUUGCUCCGGCUCCUCCUCCGGCUCGGAAACUCUCUCCGAGGAGGGAGAGCCCGGCGGCGGCGGGGCGGCGACGGCCCCCGGUGGGGAGACGGCUGCRGCGGAGCGGGCGAUCCCCGGCGGGCGGGCGGAGGACGACGCCUCUCUGGAGGAGCGGGAUGAGGAGCUUGAUCACAUUUUAUCACCCCCACCUAUGCCUUUCCGAAAAUCCAGCAGUCCUGAAGUGUCUUCUGGCCUUGGAAAGUCUCCUAAAUUUAAGAGGCAGUUGAGUGAAGAUGGAAGACAGCUCAGAAGAGGAAGCCUUGGAGGCGCUCUGACAGGCAAAUAUUUGCUUCCAAGUGCAACUGGACAGCAGCUGUGGCAACCUAUAGAAACCACUAAUCUUGUUCGGAUGCGCUACCAAACACUUGGACAGUCAGCACCUUCACUCACUGCUAGUUUGAAGGAGUUGAGCCUUCCAAGAAGAGGAAGUUUGUAAGUAUAUGAAGUUUUUCUCUAUUGUGCUUACAGUGUAGUAUGUAUUUUUAA